AUGGCGAGCCCUCCAGAGACCGACGGCUUCUCGGACGUGCGCAAGGUGGGCUACCUGCGCAAACCCAAGAGCAUGCACAAGCGCUUCUUCGUGCUGCGAGCGGCCAGCGAGGCGGGGGGCCCUGCGCGCCUCGAGUACUACGAGAACGAGAAGAAGUGGCGGCACAAGUCGAGCGCCCCCAAACGCUCCAUCCCCCUCGAAAGCUGUUUCAACAUCAACAAGAGGGCGGACUCCAAGAACAAGCACCUCGUGGCUCUCUACACCCGCGACGAGCACUUUGCCAUCGCGGCCGACAGCGAGGCGGAGCAGGAGAGCUGGUACCAGGCCCUGCUGCAGCUGCACAACCGGGCCAAGAGCCACCACGACGGGGCUCAGGCGCCGGGGCUGGGAGGCGGGGGAGGCAGCUGCAGCGGCAGCGCCUGCCUGGGGGAGGCUGGGGAGGACUUGAGCUAUGGGGACGUGCCCCCGGGCCCUGCCUUCAAGGAGGUCUGGCAGGUGGUGCUGAAGCCCAAGGGCCUGGGACAGACAAAGAACCUGGUUGGCAUCUAUCGCCUCUGCCUGACCAGCAAGACCAUCAGCUUCGUGAAGCUCAACUCCGAGGCGGCCGCCGUGGUGCUCCAACUGAUGAACAUCCGCCGCUGCGGCCACUCGGAGAACUUCUUCUUCAUCGAGGUGGGCCGCUCUGCUGUGACCGGCCCGGGGGAGUUUUGGAUGCAGGUGGAUGACUCGGUGGUGGCGCAGAACAUGCACGAGACCAUCCUGGAGGCCAUGCGGGCUAUGAGCGAUGAGUUCCGCCCUCGCAGCAAGAGCCAGUCCUCCUCCAACUGUUCCAAUCCCAUCAGCGUCCCCUUGCGCCGCCACCACCUCAACAACCCCCCGCCCAGCCAGGUGGGCCUGACGCGUCGCUCCCGUACCGAGAGCAUCACCGCCACCUCCCCAGCCAGCAUGGUGGGCGGGAAACCCGGCUCCUUCCGCGUGCGCGCCUCCAGCGAUGGCGAAGGCACCAUGUCGCGGCCGGCCUCCGUGGACGGCAGCCCUGUGAGUCCCAGCACCAACAGGGCCCACGCGCACCGCCAUCGGGCCAGCUCCCGGCUGCACCCUCCGCUCAACCACAGCCGCUCCAUCCCCAUGCCGACUUCUCGCUGCUCGCCCUCGGCCACCAGCCCGGUCAGCCUGUCGUCCAGCAGCACCAGUGGCCACGGCUCCACUUCAGACUGCCUCUUCCCCCGGCGGUCCAGUGCCUCGGUGUCCGGCUCCCCCAGCGAUGGCGGGUUCAUUUCCUCGGAUGAGUAUGGCUCUAGCCCGUGCGAUUUCCGCAGUUCCUUCCGCAGCGUCACACCGGAUUCCCUGGGCCACACCCCGCCGGCUCGCUGCGAGGAGGAGCUGAGCAACUAUAUCUGCAUGGGUGGCAAGGGGGCCUCCACGCUGACCGCCCCCAACGGUCACUACAUCCUGGCUCGGGGCGGCUGUGGCCAUCGCGGCGGCCCAGGAGCCAGCCUGGGCACGAGCCCUGCGCUGACUGCGGACGAGGCGGCCAGUGUGGCGGACUUGGAGAACCGCUUCCGAAAGAGGACUCACUCUGCGGGCACGUCCCCCACCAUCUCUCACCAGAAGACCCCGUCCCAGUCCUCAGUGGCGUCCAUCGAGGAAUAUACCGAGAUGAUGCCUGCCUACCCACCAGGAGGGGGCAGCGGAGGCCGACUGCCCAGCUACCGGCACUCCGCCUUUGUGCCCACGCACUCCUACCCAGAGGAAGGGUUGGAAAUGCAGCGUGGGGGCCAGCAGCGCCCGGACACCACCACAGCCCUCCACCCGGACGAUGGCUACAUGCCCAUGUCCCCGGGGGUGGCCCCAGUGCCCAGCAGCCGAAAGGGCAGCGACUAUAUGCCCAUGAGCCCCAAGAGCGUGUCUGCCCCACAGCAGAUCAUCAACCCCAUCAGGCGCCACCCGCAGAGAAUCGACCCCAAUGGCUACAUGAUGAUGUCCCCCAGUGGCAGCUGCUCCCCCGACACCGGAGGGGGUCCCGGUGGCAGCAGCGGCGUUGUCCCUUCCUCGAGCAGCUUUGGGAAGCUGUGGACAAAUGUGGUGGGGGGGCCCCAUUCGCACGCCCUCCCUCACCCACAACCAGCCGCGGAGAGCAGCGGAUGCAAGAUCCUGCCUUGUGCAGGUGACUACAUGAACAUGGGGGACUCCAACACCAGCAGCCCCUCCGAUUGCUACUACGGCCCCGAGGACCCCCAGCACAAGCUGGUCCUCUCCUACUACUCUUUGCCAAGGUCCUUUAAGCACACCCAGCGCCCAGGGGAGCCAGAGGAAGGUGCGAGGCACCAGCACCUCCGCCUCUCCGCCAGCUCCGGCCGCCUUCUCUAUGCUGCAGCCGCCGAAGACUCUUCCUCCUCCACCAGCAGUGACAGCCUGGGAGGGGGCUACUGUGGCCCGCGGCCCGAGCCUGGCCACCCGCCUCUCCACCAUCAGGUCCUGCAACCCCAUCUGCCUCGAAAGGUGGACAUGGCCGCUCAGACCAACAGCCGCCUGGCCCGGCCCACUAGGCUAUCUCUGGGGGAUCCUAAAGCCAGCACCUUACCCCGGGCCCGUGAGCAACCGCAAGAGCCCAAGAGCCCAGGGGAGUAUGUGAAUAUUGAAUUUGGCAGUGGCCAGCCUGGCUACCUGUCUGGCCCUGUGGCUUCACACAGCUUGCCUUCCGUAAAUUGCCCAGCCCAGCUCCAGCCAGUGCCCCCGGAGGAAGAGACUGGUGCUGAGGAGUACAUGAACAUGGAUUUGGGGCCUGGUCGGAGGGCAGCCUGGCAGGAAAGCGGCGGCAUGGACGUGGGCCGAGUGGGCCCUGCGCCUCCCGGGUCUGUGAGCGUGUGCAGGCCCACGCGGGCCGUGCCCAGCAGCCGCGGGGACUACAUGACCAUGCAGGUGGGCUGUUCGCGGCAGAGCUACGUGGAUACGUCGCCGGUGGCCCCUGUCAGCUAUGCUGACAUGCGGACGGGCCUGGCUGUAGAGGACAUGAGCCUCCCCGGAGCCACAGCGGCGGCCCCCUCCUCAACCUCCGCAGCCUCGACCUCCCCCACUGCACCUCAAGGAGCUGCUGGACUGGCUGCCCGCCCUUCGCUGCUCGGGGGCCCUCCGGGCUCUGGGGGCCUGAGCGCUUUCACCGGGCUACACCUCAGCCCCAAUCACAACCAGAGUGCCAAAGUUAUCCGUGCGGACCCGCAGGGGUGCCGGAGGAGGCACAGCUCCGAGACCUUCUCCUCGGCACCCACUGCCACCAGGGCAGGCAACGUGGUGCCCUUCGGAGGGGGUGCUGCGGGAGGCGGUGUCAAUGGCAGCAGCUAUGGUGGCUGCAGUGGUGAGGAUCCCAAGCGCCACAGCUCUGCCUCCUUUGAGAACAUGUGGCUGAGGCCUGGGGAGUUUGGAGGAGUCCCCAAGGAGCCAGCCCAGGUGUGUGGAGGGACUUCGAGGGGCUUCGAGAAUGGUCUUAACUACAUAGACCUGGAUUUGGUCAAGGACUUUCAACAGCGCGCUCCGGAGCGACCCCCAGCCCCGCGGCCCGCCCCAGAGCGACCCUCUCAUCGGCAGCCCCUUGGCAGCAGUAGUGAGAGCAGCUUGACUCGCCGUGCCAGCGAAGAUCUAAGCGCCUAUGCCAGCAUCAGUUUCCAGAAGCAGCCAGAAGACCUCCAGUAGCUCAACUGGAUUCA